AUGAAUCCCAGCGGCUCCUUGGACCUUAAAGAUGACUAUUCUUUGGGGCUUAAAAAUAACAGCUCAAUUGGUCUUCUGCCAAUCGAUGCUCUUCAAGGAGAGAAAUCAACCGAAUUAAAUGCUAUCCCGAACGAAGAGAAAAACCUUCUUAUUGAUCUUGACAGAGAUCCCUUUUCGCCAGUUAUGCAGCCUAUCAUAGCGAGAAGAACGUUCUUCAAGCUUGUGCAUGCGAACACCGGUUGCUCGCUAACCUCAUUCGGGAAGGGCCUUCCUGAUUGGGCCUUUCACCAGUCAGAGGUAACGUGCGGCAGAAAUACCCUUCGUUCCCACAGUGUGUUGGUCUUUGAGACAAAUACUCACCCUUCAAUUCCAUCCACCGAUUUCAAAAACGUUACCUACCAAAGACUUGGAUUUUGGGAUUCUUUCAUCGAGCUACAUUGUUUAAUGUGGAACCUGAACAAGAGAUUAGUAGCACCACACCACUAUAGCUCUCGCCCCUUAUCAUGGCCAUUUUUGUUAAGGGGAAUUGCAUUUUGGUCUGGCUCUCAAGGACAUUCACGAAACUUUACCGUUGAAAUUGAGGACGAUGUAAAGCGUAUCACAUGGACGCAUGGCUCAUUCAGGGAAGAUGAAAACAUGAAAUAUUCGCACCAAGGACAGCAGAUCCACUUGAUUGGAAAUCCAUUAAUUUGGCUUUGUGUUUCGUUUGCCGUCUUUUCGUACUCUGCAUAUGUUUUUGUUUGCUUCCUCAAGUCACAAAGAUAUUCCAAAAUGAAGGUCAAAACAUUUUCACUAUUGAAUCCAUUAAGGAAAGGCGGAAUAGUCUAUUCUGCCUACAUCUUACACUAUUUGCCGUUUUUCUUCAUGGGAAGGCAGCUGUACUUGCACCACUACCUCACGGCAUACUACUUUGGUAUCCUUUUAUUGACUAUCCUUUUCCGCUCCAUAAUGUCGCGAUUUUCUUUAUCGGCUUUUUCGGUCAGGGCUGUGUUGGGAGGAAUUGUCGCAAUAGCGAUUUCUGUAUUUAUAGAAUUUUCACCCCUGACAUACGGGUUGUCAAUGUCGUUUGAACGUUGCGAGCGCUUGCGCUGGUUUUCCACGUGGGACUUUGACUGCUCGUUGCUACCUUCUGCAGUGGCGCCUGCGAAACUGUACACGUAG